AUGAACGUUUUGCAAUGCCUUUUAAUCUUCUUUUUACUAGUAGAUAUAGUAAAAUCACAAAUCACUGGAAAUGAUGUUGCAGAUAAAGGAAUUCACGUAGCUGUGAAAGGCGCCCUUAUAGGAUGUGCAUCGCUGGUUGGUUUACUUAUAUCAUAUUUAUGUUGUCGUAAUAGGAGAAAAAAACAAAGUAACACUCCUUCAGCAAAUAAUAAUAAUAAUGGUGUCGAUACAGAAGUGAAACAGAAUGUUGUUUAA